CUUCCCACACUAAGCUCAAAUUAAUAUAUUCUCAUCAUCAUCCCCACAAAUACACUCAGAGUAGAAUCCUUUUGUUAUAAGUUUUCAAAAGUUAAAACAAGUUUUUGAAUUCGAAUCCCAAUAAUGGCUCUCGGACUUGAAAUCACAGAGCUAAGGUUGGGUCUUCCCGGCGGUGGUGGGGAUGGUCAGGACAAGAGUACUACGACUGAGAUGAUGAUGACGACCAAGAAGAGGGUGUUCUCUGAGAUUGGCCAUGUCGAUGGUGGUGCUGGCGGUGGCAGCGAGGAUGAGAACAGCUGCUCGGGCGACCGGAAAACACCCGCGAAGAACCCAGUUGUGGGGUGGCCGCCGGUGGGGUCGUACCGGAGGAGAAAUAGCAUGAGUGAAGGUCCCAAAAUUUACGUGAAGGUUAGUAUGGAUGGAGCUCCUUUCUUGCGAAAAGUUGAUUUGGGUUUGCAGAAGGGCUACUCCGAGUUAGCCUCAUCCUUGGAGAAGCUCUUUGAUUGCCACGGAAUCGGAGAGGCAUUGAAGGGUGUGGACAAUUCUGAACUCGUUCCCAUUUAUGAGGACAGGGAUGGUGACUGGAUGCUUGUUGGAGAUGUCCCUUGGGAAAUGUUCAUAGAAUCAUGCAAGAGGCUGAGGAUUAUGAAGAGAUCGGAGGCAAAAGGCUUCGAUCUGCAGCCAAAAGGGUCUUCGAAGGGCAAAACGAAGUGAUCGGCGGCGACGUGCGAAGACUAAUUAUAAGUCAAAAGAAGAAAGUUAGGCUUCUUUUUAAUCUAGUAUGAAUUCACGUCUGCGUUUUAGUCAUUUCCACUUAAUUAAUGUCGUCGUUAUAUAUAUAUAUAUAUAUAUAUAUAUGGAUGUGUGCAUCUUGGACACUUUUGUUUAUGUAUGAGAUAUAUGGAGGACAAUAGAACCUGUGUAGAUGAGGAAAAACUCAUCGUUUAAUCUUAUUAUGAAUCCAUGUUUUGCCUUAACUUCA